CUCUAUUUCCGGCUACGAAUGGAUGGGGAGGUCAUGGAUGGGUCUCUACACGAACGGGGGUGCUUGGAAAGCUACAAAUUUGACGUGACCACCUCACUGUACACACAACAGCAUUCUCGCGAAACAACAGAGGAUCUACCUGUGCAAGCCUCGCCUGAGCUGUAGACAGGACCUCACACGCACCCUCAAACGCACCCUCCAAUGGAUAUGCACGGCACACAUCUGUCUACACACAGAAGAGCUACGUGGGUCUCUCGUUUGAUGACCUUCAGUAAGUCAGCAAGCAAUAUCUUUGCAAGCCUCGCAUCAGUCAGUCAGCUGUACAGAGAGGCAGUGAUAUGUAUACCCACACAUCACAUGAACACCACCCACGGAUAUAUACAGGCUAGACCACAUUAAGCUAUACACACACGCACAAUGCAAGUCCCUGUACACACGUAUGUAUAGAUAGCUACACAGCUGUACCCACACAAUUUCUGACUCGACAGCUAGCUACGUCGGCGCCCCUCUGCCCAAUGAGGUCCUUGCCUUCUGCAGCCACAGCCUCAUCAGACGUCUGGACGGCGCUGACAAGGCAACAUCCACACCCUCAAAUGGCCGUGGAGUCUGCCACUCGUCCACAUCCCCCACCUGCGCACAUCAACACACCCCGCAGCUAACCGAUGUCCGUGCACACCGACCGACGGCUGCCCUUUUUCUCCCGCCCACCUGUGCCUCCUCCAUGUGUUCGCUCGAAGCCGCUGCCUCCUCUGCUGGUUUGCCCUCGCCCUCCUCUGCUUCCGACGCCUCCUCCCCUCCGCCCCGCGCGGUUGUUCUGGCGGCCUGCAGCCACGCCCGCAUGAUUGUCGCUGCGUGGGGGGGCACAGUGACGUCAGGGAAGGGGGCUGUGUCCUGGGCGGGCCGUGCCGAGGGCAGUGCGAGACGAAUGGGCGUAUACGGCUGACCCACCCCUCUCUCGAGAGGGAUGUUCUGAUGGAUGGAGAGAGAGAGAAAAGGAAGUGCUGAUCUCCAUGUUUAUGUCUCGGCCUUGUGCGUGUGGCUGUCACCCUGUUGCGGGAGUGGUACGUCUGGUAGCAUGUGGCGCAGAGCACGGCGGUGGGUGUGAAGGUCUUGUAGUAGUGCAGCCACAGUGUCUCGUUCCACAGUGGCGAGAGGUCGCGGGUUUGCCUGAACUGCGAUGCCAUGGCCAUGGCUGAGUAGAUGGGGUAGGUGUCGAUGGCUUGGGGGUUGCCGCAUAGCUCACACUGACGCUGAUUCGCCAAAGCCAGCGCUGAGUUGGGCUUCACCACACGCAACUGCAAAUGGCCAACCACACAUAUGAAGGCGUUCGUUCAAUGGCCGGCAAGCUUGUGAUGGUUUGGGAUAGGGUGGUACCUGUCUUUGCAGGUGUAGCAGGAAUUUGGCCCUCUGUCGCCACAUGCGUGUGAUGUCGGCGCACACCUGCGGGACGUGCAUGACGCGACCCGUCUCCUUCCGACGACGCAGCAACUCAGCCAUCUGCCACACCCACACAGGCAGCGGAGAUGAGCGUUAUUCGCUGCGGUUGGUGACGUGAUGUUUUUGUGCCUGCAUACCUGUUCAUCUGGCGGCACAUUGAAGCCGAACAAGGCCCCUUCGGCAGGAGCUGUCGUCACCGACCUGAAACACACACAGACACAGACAAGCUCAGCCCCUGCCUGCACUCAUCGAGCCCAUGGCUGCGUACUCGUCUUCUCUGGGCGAUAUGGCCAGUGAGGCCUGCGUGUCUCGUUGCUCCUCGGGCGACACAGCUCCCAAGGCCUGCAGCUGCCGAGGGUCGAGUGUGCCCAUGAGGGUGGCCAGGGCCUUGAGCAGAGGAGUGCGAUAGCGCUCCAUCGUCUGUCGGCUGCCCAGAACCACCUCACGGAAGUUCUGCUGGAGCCAUAUCGCACUGCACACAACACAAGGACAAGGAGCUAACAGCGUGCGAGCUUCUGAGGGCAUCUCGUCCGUGCGUGCAUGCUCCUUACUUUUCUUUGACGAAUUCUUGUUUGUAUCUGGCGAGUCCGUAUGGGUCACGGGCCUCCUCAGGCUCCACCCAACCCUCCAUGAUGCCGCCACCUGACAGACACGCACACACGAAGGCACGGUGGACAUGCUGUACGCUUCGUGUGUGCCGUCGUUUGAACCAACCAGGUGGCGCUCUGAGGAUGGGUUUGGCCUUGAUUUCCUUCCACUCCUCCAGCAGGCUCUUCUCCUCACCCUCCCGCACCCUCUUGGCCACAUCCACCGAGGGCACUUUCCACACGCGCAGGUAGUUGGCCGUCCACACGGAACACGUCUUGAUGAAGCCGCACACCAGCCACACGACAGGGAACACGACGGAGAAUGCCGGGUCGUCAAACAUGUUCCAGUUCUCCGAGAAGAGCACCUGCAUCCCCAGCAGCCACGUGAAGGUGCCAGCGGCCAGCAGCGAGACCAUAAAGUAGUACUGCUCGGAGAAGCACAGCAGGUCCAGCGACCGCACCGACGGCGGCACGCCCUCGUCCACCGACUUGCCCUCGCCCUUCCACCGGUCAGCACGCGUGUCGAAUCGGAAUUUGCAGUAUCGGAGGUAGUCCAUGAUGCGCCACCUGUGGAACAGCUCCAUGAUGUUGAGGCAGAGAAUGUCGAAGAGGAUGUGAAAGAAGAAGAUGAUAACGAAGAAGGUCAUGUAGUAGGGGGCAGUGGCGGGAGUGAUGUCGAACUGCAGCAGGAUGUCGGUCUCGUCGUAGAAGAACCAGCACAGCCCCAGCACCACCGGGAUCCACAACGCUGCCAGCAGAUCAGUCGAGUAGCUCGCCAUGCAACCUGAAUGGAAGACGACGACAGACAGGAUGCCCAUGAUGACUGCAUCGCCUGUCUUCUGGGUCACUUUACCGAUCAUGUCGCUUGGUAUCGGGUCGCGGACCGGGCGGCUGCAGCCAUGUAUGCAGUCACAGACACAGAUGCGCUUGAGCUCACACACGCCCCCCCUGUUUGUUCCCUUACUUUCUGGCCUCUUGUUUGAACUUCUCGUCCAAUGUGUCCAGGUCUUCAUCCUCGUACUCAGAUGCGCCCUCCUCCGGCACAAAACGCCUUCAGGUAUACAGACAACAAAUGACACCAGAAUUGGGGAUUACAUUUGCGAGUGAGCAGCUGCCGUUGUCUGUCUGUUGCCUUACUGUCUCUCCCACGGUUUGGCCCCCCUGGCCAGCCACUGUAGCAUUCGCCACGCCUUCCUGCCCCUGUGCUCGAUGGUGUACAGGAUGUACUCCUGGCUGGGACUCACGUAAAUGCGGUCAAACGUCUGAUAGGAGGCGCGAGGAGGAACACACCUCCAUCGUGACGUCGGUCGGUCCGUGGCUGAGGUGUGUCGAGUCGAUCUACCUGUAUGAGGAGUUGUAUGAGGAAGCACAUGAGGAAGGAGAAGAGGUCAGGGGCGGCCAGAAUCGCUAGAGUGUUGGUCUGACACACACAGGAGAAAGCAGCACUCGAAUGCAUCGAUCCGCCGGUCGGUGCGUUAUCAAGCCCACCAGAAUGGCGAUAACAUUAAUUGGCACCACGAGCAGCAUCUCCUUCAUGAACUGAUGCACCACCAAACUCAUCGCGACCUUCAGUAGAUACAACCCGACCUGCUCACACACAAACACACACGCACACACAAGGCGAUAAGGGCUGGCCACAUCUGUCAGGGUGUGGAUGACUCACUGACCAGCAUGUAGAAUAUGUUGUCCCUGAAGAUCUCCGAGGCGGCGAACUCGAGCACCGACAGCGCCACGAAACUGUGCAGGAGGAGGCAGAGCGCGAGAGCGCUCCUCUUCCAUAUGCGCAUGGUGAAGACGGUCAUGAGGUCGAGCUCGUCCGCCUCCUGCUUCAUCAGCUUGGCCAGCCGGUGAGCGUCGCUCUCGAGUCGCUUCUCGAAGUCAGAUAUCGCCGGACGAAUGAAGAUGCGCAUGCCCAGGAAGAUCAGGUACACGCCCACCACCAUCAGGCCCAUGCCCAAGCGACCAUACUGACGCACUGCAGACAUACAACAACAUCGACAGUGCAGUGCUACAUACACAUACAGUGCCCCGUGAACGCCCGUACUUCUGAAGUCUGUCCGUGUGAGUUCGGUCUCAGCGUUGUAGGAGCUGACAAAUGAGUCGAAGAGCCCCAAAGGGCACUCCGGGGUGAUCUCCUGCCGGCAGGCGCUGUACGUCUUGCAGUCGGCGUCCUCCUCCUUGCAGUUGAACCAGAUGAAGAACGGCAGCGCAAGGCCACCCACGGCCCCCGUGCAGAGGGCCACCACUAUCAGCAACCCAACUGUGAAGGGCAGGAGGGCCAGGAGGCUGCCGCGGACGACGGGGGGCAGGUAGAACUGGGGAUAGAACGACUUGUACAGCGCCGGCGGGUGCCUGCACACACACACACACACACAGAUCCACCCCAUGCACUCGUCCAUCGUGUGCCUCCUGUUUGUGGUCGCAUACUUGAGUUUGGUGAAGAGUCUGUGCAUGAUCCAGAGUACGAACAGCAUGGCUACGCUGAAGAGGCCGACGAAGAAGAAGAGCGAGAUGUAGUACUGGAACUGGAAGGCAAAGCUGACGAGCACGUCCGUGUGGUCCAUCGGGAUCAGAGAGAACACCAACUCAUACUCCACGGCAACCUGAUCAGACCCAAGAAACCAUCAGCAUCACAUACCAUACCUACACGAACACUAACGGAAUCCCACCUGUCCCCGUUGUUGGGCCUUGUCGAGGGUCUGCAGCUUCUGGUACUUCACCUCCGCCCGUAUGAUCUCCUUGUUGCGGUCAUUCUCCUGCCAGUAGUAGACGUCCAGCACCACACGGCCAGGCAGACUAUCCUCCGAUGCCGGCUCAACAAGCUUCACCUGAACCCACCAGAACAGAAGGCGGCAAUCCACUGCUGUUCUAGGCAGGUCUGUGCUCGGACUUACCGGCACCAGGGGCACUGUCCUGGUCUUUCCUGAGUCGAGGUCCUUCCUCUUCAUGGGGUAUCGUGUGAUGUAGAAGAGCUCUGCCCCCUCGUUGACCUCAAACCAGCGCGGCAGCACCUGUUUGUCGUUGAAGACCUCGUCAUACAGACAUCGUAGCCGCACGUUGCGGCACUGGUCCGCCACUGCCGUGGACAGGUAGGCCAGUCGCUUGAUGGGCUUUGUGGUGCCGAGAGGGACGAGCUGGCACUCUCGGCUCUGCUCAGCCAGCGCCCACAGGGGGAUGGUGUGGCCGAAGCCCUCACAGUUGGAGAAGUACGGCAGGUACGACAGCCAGAUGGCGCUCGUGCCGUCCUGCCAGUAGUCGUCCUUGUUCUGGAACCUGUUGACGCCCAACUCACUCGCCUGCUGCUGAUAUAUGUCGGCCUCGAAAUCCCUGAAGGUAAUGACAGCGAAGGAGAAGACCAGUGGAUGGAUGAGAAUUGCUUCUUGUGCAGCUACGCUCGUCACCUUGGCAUGAAGCUGAGGAAGGCCCGCGUGGCGACAUACGGACUCGACGCACUCAGGUUCUUGACAGGGCUGUAUCCACAUAGACAGUCACACAUCCACGUAAGCGAUCAUUGUCUCUCAUGCGCCUACAUGUUGUAGGGUACUUCCAGCUGCAUGUCACGAUUGACCUCCAUGAGGAACAUGUCGCUCGUACCCAGCCUCGCCCGGUCUGGUUGGGUGGUCUCGAUGACGGCCGACUGCAGGAGGAGGAACUUGUCGGGCAGAAACAGCCCAUUGAGGAUGUCGAUGUCGACUCGGUACUGCACGGUGCGGAGGAAGUGCAGGUGCAGCUCCAGAAUGCCCUUGAGCGUGCCAGCGGGAGCCUCCGUGAUGGACGGGGGAAGCUGCGGCAACAAAAUACACACAUGCCUCGGUCGAUGAAUCACUGCAUUCAUCUCUCUGUAUCCAUCUGCCCACUGACCUCUAUUCGUGUUGCUUCAUUGGGCGUCUGGGUGAGCUCCAGCGUCCUGUUGACCGAGAUACUGAUGCGCCAGUCUGCACCGUACUCUAUUGCGGGGCUCAGGUGACGCAGGUCGAAUGUUAUUAACGCAGACGAGCCGGCAUGUCCCUGGUAGAUCGUCACCUGCACACACACAUGGCCUCACAUUCUCCCACAUAAGGUACGUAUGUGUGUGGGUGGCUGGCUUGCCAUUUCGUCCUGGUCGUCGCCCCACGUGAAGUUCAUGAUGCUCGGUGUGGAGAGGUUAUGGUUAACGGGGUUGAGAGACUCAAUGACCACCUCGCCCUCGUUGAGAAACUGGACGGUCGACCGCUUGCUGCACUGAUCCAGACGGGUCGCACCAGAUAUCGCCGUUAAGGUACCCAACGGACACCUGCAAAACAACCAUGCGCAUCGAAUACAUCUGUGCGUGUGCGAUCGUAGGUGUGCGCUGGCCGACCGUGUCCACCCUGCGGUGCCCGCGGCCUCCCUCUCUCCGAUGGUCCGUUUGAGUUCUUUGAUGACCCACUCGGCCUUGGUCUGUCGCGUCACGCGCAGCAGCUUGGCCAGCGCUGACGUGUCGUCAAAGAGAAGCGUCAAGUCGCUCAGCGUCGAGUCAUACGGGGUCGCCACGGGACAGUAGAAGCCAAACGGACAUCGCUCUCGAGUCCUUAUGGAAGAAACAAUGGGAGCCAAGUGAAAGGGUGUGUAAACGACAGGGCAGCGACGACAGUGUCUAACCUGAAGGAUUCUGAUGUCUUGUUCCGGCAGAAGAAGCCCUCUGGGCAUAGGUUGCGGUACAUGGCCUCCAUGGUCGUCGACGGACCGCAGUAGAACCCAGACACACACUCCCUGUCCGUCUGAAAGAUGGAAACCCAGGACGCAUCACAUACCCAGACAGGCAUGACUGACACAUUCGUAGCCCCCCUUUCUGAUCUUGCGCCGUGUCCCUACCUGUGACUCCGGCGUGGUGGCUUCGCCGCAGACAUAUCCCUCGGGGCAGGCCUCCGAGAAGGUGAGAUUCCCCGUCAGAGAUGGGCACACUCUGCCAGAGGGGCACGGGUCACAGGCGGUGUCAUCCACCGUCCCCCGCCAUGGCGCCCAGCUCCCCUUCUCACACGCACGACAUGACACGUCGGACGUCCCGCCGCGGCGCCACUUGCCUACACAUGAAUCAGUCAAGCGUCGUGUGUAUUGGGGUAUCGAUCCACCCACUGUCUGGCCUGCGUUGUCUUACCGGGUUCACAGAUGUAAGGCGUGGUUGUUCCGAAGUCGGGACACGAGAAGCCAGGUGGGCAGUCGAGACACUCGAAACUGCCCUCACUGGGCGAGUACUCACCCGGGAAGCAUGUGGUGCCCCGUAGCCGACCCUCUUCGUCCACGAUGGUCCCCGUGCCGGCCGGAAUGGGCACUGCCGUCCCCGGCGGGCAUAUCGUGCCCACGGGACACAGGUCUGUGCCACCAGAUGAGUUGGCGCGCGGCUGACAGAAUGUGCCAGUCAUGCAUUGGUGAGGGGCCUUGAGGGACAGCGGGUCGGUGAAGUCGAUGAACAGGGGCUCGUCUCCGUCUGUCGUGUUGAGCUGCAGACGGCGGACAGGAACGGAGGGAGCGAGGCCCUCGCGGUCGAAAGCAGAGAAUGGCACUCGGUAGUAGUAGGGCAUGCGGAGGCCUGAAGAAGCCAUGCUUGUCAGAAACGACAGCCACCCGGUGUGCACUUGGGGGUCGAGGCUGCGGCUGCUGUCGAACGGAUUCUCAAGACGCUGGAAUAUCGACGCGAUCCGUGACGCAAGAGAAGAUGAAGCGCCUUGAUUGUCCGCUGGCUCGUCACGCUGGACAAGCCGCCUCCCUGCCACAGGGCUGGGGGCGAGAGCGAACCCCCAGAGACUGAAAUCCGUCGCCACGACCCCUCCCACGCCACUGGUUGUAAGAUUGACGUAGUUCUGCAACAUCAACUCAGCAUUGGGCACCAGGAAGAUCGGCACAGGCUGCUUCGUGAUCCCCUCCAUGGGCAGCUCUCGCAGUCGCCUCGCCGCACCCCCACCUGACCCCGUGGUCUCGUUGAAGGGUAGGUCGACCUCCCUCGUCGAGUAGAAGUAGAGGCACGUGCCAGCGUCGCAGUACAUGGCCUCGCGACAUGGCUGUGGGCGCGUCCAGAAGGUCAGCGAGUCGACGAGGUAGAGCAGGCGGGAUCGCACCUCGGGUAUGUGUACGUGGUAGUCGAGUCGCCAUGACUCGUCAUCUGUGUUGAUCAUCUCGAGGCCGUCCAUCCCAGGGGAUUCCAUGCGGGACAGCCGGUACGCGAGCCGCUGCAGGCUCAGGCCGUGAAGAGUAGUGUACGGAUCCUUCAGAUACGUCCCCGCCUCCUCGUCUAGAAGGCGCUGAACCUUCGCCCUGUUCCAACAGCAUGCUCCCGUGAAGAGGUCCUUCCACGACGUGCCCGCGGGCCUCGGAAUCCGCCAAAUGGCGCUCAGCCUGUCCACGAGAUCGGUGCGGGAGAAGGGGACGUAGUACAUGUCGAUGGACGAGUCACAGACAGCAGCUAUCACAAUGGGAUCGCCCAGCUCCAACUGAUCGAUGGAUGCACAUACAGAAAACACGUAUGAGUGCAGAGGUGCUUAAACACCGGGCCGUCUUUCAUCGCUUACGCGUGUGAUGUUAUCGACGGACAGCGGGAUCGGAACACACAGCGAUGGCUCGUGCUUGGAUGCAGUGCCGACCCCGCACCUCAACCCAGAGGGACAUAGCUUGGAUGGCGCCUUGGUGCCCCUCUCUUCACAGAGAUAGCCACACGGACACGGUAGCGGCUUGAGCAUCCUCUCAUGCGGACAGAUGCCACCCUCAAAGCACUCGGUGCAGUUCCACUGCCCGGACUUGGCGCUGAACGUCCCGGCAGGGCAUGACCGAGGCUCCAGGUUACCGGGUGUGGGGCCGCACAUGUAGCGACUGCUACAUGGGAUGCCGGGGUGUCGAGGGGUGGGGCAGUAGAAGCCCAACGGACAGCCGCCCACGCCCUGUGGCUUGAACGAACCCGCCGGGCAGAAGAAGCCCUGGAAGCACGGCUGAGGAGUUGAGUAGUUGCCCGGCCGCGACACCCCCGAGACGGCCCCAGGCCAGCAGUGCAGACCGGUGGGGCAGCGGAGCGGCCUGCGCCCGUCCUUGAAGCGUGUGACAACAGCGUCGGCCGUGGCGGUUCCCUCCAGGCAGUAGUUGCCUCCCGGGCAGGGCUUGUAGGGCACUGUCAGGCCCCACUCGUCACACACCCAGCCUGCCUCGCAUGGGAACGGGUGGGCCAUUCGUGUGUGAGGGCAGACGUGGCCGGGGGGGCAUGGGCGACACUGCUGCUGCCCCUCCAGUGGCUGGUAUGUGCCUGAUGGGCAUGGGAUGGCGUCAGUGUUGCCUUGGCCCUCGCAGUGGUGGCCUGGUGGGCAGCGGGUGAUGGGGCCGACACCCCUAGGGCAGUAGUGGCCGCCGGGACACGUGGCGAGGAGCUUGAUAUGCACGUAAGAGUCCGACCAGUCCACCCCGUUGAGCGUCACUCGGACCUGAACACACAAACAGGGCAGGGUAUGGAUAGUCGAUACUCGCAGCUUGCCUCCUUUAUCCACCCGUCGUACCUUAGCAUCUCCCAGGCUGUUGGAUGCGGCUCCCAGCACUUUGGGCACCACACAGGCCACCUCCGUGGAGCUCAUGUACACCAGCUUGGAAGACGAUACCCACUCGAACGAACACGCCGCAGCCGUCGUGUUGAUGAAGCCCGUCCCUCGGACAAUCACCAGGCCCCCUCCCUUGUUGAGAGCCACCGGCGGCGUCACGUGGCUCAACAACACCUCCGGAUGGAAGGUCACGAAGGUUAGCAGGCUGUCGAGGUGGAAGUCAUCGGGAUGCCACGCCGUCACACCCUCUGGCGAGUAGUUCUGGUCGUUGUUCGACACGAAGAUGGGCACGCGAGUGACAGUCCGCGCGGCCACCGAUGCUGAGCUCAGCCUGGGCGUGUAGGUGUGAAUCUCUGUGUCGCUCGCCCAUAUGGCAGGCCGGUACAUGUCGGACGGUGCUGUGCUGCCUGGGGGCCAGAAGCGCACCUUCAUGUAAGCCGAGUUGUGGAAGCCAGUGCCGGUGAUCUUGAGCGUGGUGGUGCUGCCCAUGGGCACCAGGUCGGGAGUGACGCUGGUGAUCUCUGGGGGGUCGUAGUAGAGGAACUUCUGCGAUGUGUCGACCUCGUCCUGCUGGUUGAGAGACACCUGCAGGGGUUGCUCGCCGGGAGACGACUGCGGGGGCGACACACAGCGGAGGCUGCGACCGUCUUGCCGUAUAGCUGUGACCCGUUUGCCACCAAAGACGCAUUGUAAGAGCUCCUCUGCUGCUGCAGGGAAGUAGUCCUUGCCCAGCACGAUCUUGGCCGGGACCGAUACGACCACCUCAAUGCCGCCCGAUGUUGGGCCGAGGUAUGGGUCGAUCUGCAGCGCCACGCCUGCCGUGACGAAGUCAUACUCCACAGUGGUGGCGACGAAGUUCUGUCCGUUGUUGGCGACAGAGACGGUCACGGUGCCUGGGAAGUGCUUGGGUGUCUUGCAUAGGAUGAGGUUGGAAGAUAUGAAGCGGUGGAUGGGCACGGUGGUCACGUUGAAGCGGCACAUGAAUUUGGGGUCGUCGAUGAAGUGCGCGCCCUCCACCUGCACAACCGUGCCGCCCUCCAUCGUGCCGAACGGGGGUGUCACUCGCGCGAUGGACGGAGUGAGAUAGUAAUGGUACUGCAGGUGGGUGCCUCCGGGGCCGAUGGGGAGCACGUUCUGCCCGUCGCUCGACAGCGCAAACUGCACGUACUGCGGAAGGUUGACGGAUGGGGCCGUGCAUGUGAUGAGGGUGUCGUUGAUCCAUGCCAUGACGGCAUACGUCGUCGCGAAGACGCAUUGAGUGAGGCGGCUGUUGCGGAACACCGCCCCGGUGGUUGAGUCGGCGUACAACGAUACAAGAGUGCCGCCGGUGAGGGGACCAGAGAGUGGCUCAGCCAACUCGACAUCGAAGUCCUGAAACGAGCACAUAGCAUAGAGGCGUGAACUUACUUGGCUGUCGCUUUUGUCGGUUUCGUAUCGUUUCCCCUCACCGGUUGUCUGUAGUAGAAGAUGUGUGUGAGCAGGCCUCGAUCGAGAUUCUGAAUCGUCCCGCCGGAGAUCAGACGCAAGUAAAACACCACGUAGGUCUCCGCGGCAGGCACAUUCGCCGGCACCACACACGUCAGCUCCGUCUCCGAGAUGACUGUGGUGGGCACCUCAUUGGGCCCAAACACACAGGCGAUGGUCCACGGAGGGAUCGACACAGGCAGCCCAUAGGUCUGGCCGUACACCGUGACCACUGUGCCCCCAUCGGCGGGGCCCUCGCGCGGCUCGAUGGCUGUCACCUCGGGAGCCGCCACGAAACUGAUGAGAGGCCCUGACACGAAGUCUCUCGUGUUGAGCGACAGCUGGAUGGUGGUCGUGGCACCGAAUCGCGCGAUGUCCCAUGCAGGCGUCGGGCAGUUCACAGUCGUCGAGUUGUCCACCGUUGCGGGGGUCAGGUACGCCGCCCCGUCACGGAACUUGCAUUGAGUGAUGAAUGAGCCGAAGUUGGAUCCGCGCACUGCCACAUUGGCCCCUCCAAAGUCGAAGACGACACUCGGCUCGACCGUCUCGACAACCACUGCUCGAUGGAAGGUGUACUCGACUGCCGGCCCAGCCCCGCUGGCGAGGUAGUCAGCGCCGUUGACCGUGACGUACAUUGUGCGUGGGGUAGCACUCCAUGGCAGUGGGGGUGUGGUGCACAGCAGCAGGUUGGGCUGGAUGAGCGCGGCCGCAUCGGAAUACACGCCACGACCGAUGCCGUCGGGGUCCGGCCCGAACCGACAUCUGAGUGAGGGGGUCUGUCGGAAGUUGUGGCCGCUGACGAGCACGAGAGUGCCUCCUGUCUCAGGACCCUCGAUGGGGUCAACAGAUGUUACGUUCCAGGGCUCCACGUACCUAAAGGAAAUGGGCGCAACGACCAGUGGACAGCAUGCAAUGUGGGUGGGUGUUUUUGUGUUGCUCUUACGUGAAGUAUUUGCCCGAGUUGAAGAAGCACCGCUCGUCCCCCUGCGUGAGGGCCACUUGCACGCGAACCUCAGCUGACGUGGGCGAAGGGGGACUGGCGCAUUCAUACCGCGAUAAGCCAUCGGCCGAUGGAGGAAGCAGCGUGGCGGCUGUCGUCUCUGUGUCAAAGCAGCAAUCGACCGCGGCCAAUGAAUCCACAUACGCUACGCUCGACACGGUCAUGACGAUGGUGGUGUUGCCGGCGAUUGGGCCGAAGUCAGGUACGACUGAUUCCACGAGCAUCGGUGACCCAAAGAGCACUUUAGCGGGAGUGUGCACCCAGUCGUGGCCGUCGUUGAAGGAGAGUGUCAGGUCAGCCUCAUACGACAUGCUGCUCCCUGCAUAGACGUGCCGCGGAGUCACACACUCCACGAUAGACGUGUUGACAUGGCGUCCCUCCGACACGUACUCCGCGUCAAACCGACAAAGCGGUGGGGGCAAAACCGCCGAAAGGUCCGGGUACUUGCCGAUGACGCUCAGAAGCGAUCCACCAGUCAUCGGGACGCUUGCUGGUGUGACCGAGUCGAUGAAGGGGUUGCUGUAGAAGGUGAAGUCGGCACCAUCACACGGACCGAUCGGUGCUGCUUCUCCUCGCACCACUGCCCGCAGACACGCUGGCGUGAGCGAUGGGUCCCCUCCCGGCGACGUGCAGAGCAGCUCGUUGAAUGUCGUCACCAAGGCCGGCACCCGAAGGGCACCGAAGACGCAGUCGAAUGCACCUCCCCAUGGCAGAAUGGACAGCAACACGCGCACCUUUGUCCCUCCGCCUGCCGGUCCAUGUGUGGGGAUCGUCUGGACGACCUCGAAUGAGGGCAUGUAGCGGAAGGGCAAUGGAGCCGUCUCGAUUGUUGACCGCCCGCUGCGGAACAGCAGCCGAAGGGGUACGUCCUGAGCGGUGGCAGCUGCUGGCGAUGGGCAGGUCACGGUUGUGCCUGUUGCCCCGGUGGCCGACACGAGGGCAGUGCCGAAGAGGCACCACACAGCCUGGUUGCCGCGGAAGUCGGUGAUAGAUGAGGGCAGGUCAGUGCCGGCAACAACCACGGAUGUGCCUCCGCUGAGCCAUCCCGACAAAGGCGAUAUGGCGGUCACGGUGAGUCGCGUCUUGAGGGGGUCGGCGACCAGAGGGGCCGACAUGUCGUGGAUGAGGUUGAGGGGCGUCUGCCACGGAUGGACAAGAGAUACCGACAUGCGCUCAGUUGCCACGUCAGACGUAUCCACAAGGCUCGAAGGGACGGCACAGGCGACGCGUGUGUCGGAGAGGAUGGACGCCGUGACGAUGGACGCCCCGCACGCAGCGUCCAUGCAGACAAGGGCGCACAUGAGUCCGCCUCCCUCGAACCGGCUGAAUCCCGCACCGCCCACGACGAUGGCAGUGGAGUAGGGGGCGCCCAGCCACACACUCGACGAUGGGACCGUGAGCGCAUCCGUAGCUACAACGGUGCUCUCCAGGCUUGACAUAGAGUAGCUCGUCACAACGGUGAAGCUAAGCUUAUUGGACGCCGUCGCUCCCCCGUUGAUGCUGACCGACACCUGCGCGCUGCCUGGCGGGAGACUGUCGGGUGUGGGACACGUGACGACAAAGGCGGUCUGGUACUCGGCUGUUGUGGAGACCACAGCGGGCAUGAGAGGGUUGCUGGACUCGAACAGACACACUAGCUGGGCUGAGGGGAAGAAGCGGCCUCCCCUCACCUCCAUGGCCACCCCUCCGAUGUCGGUGACUUGUGUGGGGGUGAUGGUGGCGAUCGUGGGCUCAAUGAAGACGCGAACGGGUUUGGCCUCGAGGUCCAGCCACACGGGGUGGGGGACGGCCGCCGUCAUGUACAGGAAAUCAAUACCCUCAUGAGGCAAUAGCGGACUCGUACACGUAAGGGUGUUCGAAUCCACGAAGAGCGCGGCCGCACUCAAACUGACAGAAAGGGGACAGCCAAAAACAGGAGUAUCACGGACAGGAAGUGUAGACUUGGUUGUGUGUGUGGCCUACCUUGCAGAGUAGAAGUGGCAUGUGAUGGUGGAUGCCUGGUUGAGGUCAACGAAGCUCCCUGUGAUUGUAAUGGGCACAGCCUGCCCCACGGGGAUCUGAUCCGGCGUCACCUCCGCCACCGACCACCCCUGACGACUCGUCCGCACGGCGCCCGCCCAGCCCGGCUGAGACAAGGCACUUCCGCCUUCCUUGACGCCCACGUACACAUCCACGUUUCGGUCGGUGCCGUCUGGGACCAGCACACACUCAAUUGUCGUGUUGCUGGUCUGCACAGCCGGCAAGACCUCGAGGGCGCUGUAAGGUCCGCCCACCUUGGUCAGCAAUCCCGUGCGGUCGACCAUGCAGACGGGGGCCACGUCGAUGUGGAUGGUGGAGUUGCCGCCCUCCAGAGUGACGAGACUUGGGGUGCUGAUGGACACCUUCGCUGACGUGGGCUGCACUCCGACAACCGGGGCACUGAUGGCUGUGACGACGCUCCUCGCAUGAGUGGGUGAGAGAGCAGUAUCCGACAGCCCUAUUUGGACAAAGCCCCGUUCAGCCACGAGCGUCGCCGUUGCUGUGUGGUCGAGCAUUGCGAGAGGGCAGAAGACCUCGUUGCUGCUCACAUACGUGGCGGGCACACUCCCAAGCAGCAACGACGAUGCGUAUGAUCGCACGUAGCAGCGCAGAGGGUGUGUGCCAUGGAAGUGGGUGCCCCUCACGCUCAGCGGCAUGAGGCUCCGCUCCACAACCACAGGCGGAUGCGCCACCUCGACCGCUGGGGUCGUGACGAACUUGAAAUGUGCGGUAGCGAGCACAUGGAGCCACCCGUCGAUGAUCAGAUACAAAGGCACCUCGCCCACCGUCACGGGAUAGCUGGGAGCGAUGCACUCAAACUCCUCGGCAGCGUCAGGGCCCUCAAGGCCGAUCCCUGCUUGCAGCACUCGCGUCGCAACCACGUCAGCCGCAUCAGCAAAGCGGCAGUGGACAGUGAGGCCAGCGUCCACCACGGGUGAGAAUCGGAAGCCCAUAACCGUGACAGUCUGCCCGGUGGUGUCGGCCGCUGCCACCAGGGGCGAGACGGCCUUGACGAAAGGCAUGUCGAGGAAGGUGAAGGGAAGCGACGCCACAUGGAGAUCGCCAGCCGGGCCCUCGGGGAUGAUGGACAGGGUCGUCACACCUGGGGCGUAUCGCGGCGUCAGGCACUGCAGCUGGGUCGCACUUAGCCGCUCUGCGGGAUGGAGUAGUGCCGACCCGAAGUGACACGACAGAAGGCGGUCGUCGGGCAGAUAGAUGGCCUUCACCAGAACGACAGUGGGGCUCGCCACGGGGGCCCAUGCCGGCGAGACCGAUGCAAGGGAGAGGGCAGGGACCACGGUGAUGGUCAUUGCCGCCGCGUCUCGCUGAAGGGUGUAGGUCUCAUCUUGCAUGUGAUGCUCCAGGCUGACGUCAUAGGUUCCCGGCGCAAGGUUGGCUGGCGAGCUGCACGUGACUGAUGUCCGGCUCACUGCCGUUGCAUACGUCGUUUGCUGGGACGCGUCGAUGAUGUGGGUGAAUCGACAGGCGAUGCUGAAGAGGUCAGCGAAGUCGCCCCCAGUAAUCGUGUGCAGCGUGGGGAUGCCCUCGUAAGCCUCUCGUGGGCGGAUCGUCGCCGCCAUGGCGGCCGUGCCGCCCUCGCCGUACACACGCACUGUCAGCAUGGUUUCCCGGUAGGCCCGGCCGCCGUCGAAAGACACCAAGAGAGCCAGGACCCGCCCGGCAUAGCUAGUAGAUGACGGCGCGGGGCAGACCACCGAGGUCACUGUGUAGGUCGUUGCAGCUGUCGUCUCAGUGUGGCUGUUGGGGAGCCGGCCGUCUGUGCUCGUCAGGGCGUCCAGCCUGCCUUCCAUCGCCACCCACCCGCACACGACGUCGGCCGCAUCGAAGGAGGGCAUGCUGCUGUACUUGCCGUGGAUCGUCACGGGCUCACUUAGCGCUACCACACGCGGCAGUGCGUCUUGGAAGAAAGGUGGGGGCUGCAGGGUGAAGGUGCCGGCAGAUGUUGCGAAAGCCGCCCAAUCGUCGAAGUCCGUUGGCGUGUCCGGAAUGAUCGCAGCUGUGACAUCAGCCGAUGAGGCAGAGAGGGAUGUGGGUAUGGAAGGGCACAGGAGACGACCACUUGCCAGCAGCAAGGCUGGAACGAACGCGUCGAGACCUGCAGAAUGAGAUAAUCCAGAAUGAGCCUCGUCUUUGCCCCUCUGUCUUGCUUGUUUACCGAGUCCGAAUGCACAUUUGAGGUUGGGCGCGACGGGCAAGUUGGGCGACACACCCAGCGACACCACCGCCUGCGCACCUCUUGGCACCGAGGGAGGGUUCACAUCUCCCACCUGGAAGGGCGGCACGAUCGUCACCGUCAAUGACUCUGCCGCAUGCCGAUCUCCGCCGUCCAUCGACACCGUCAGGGCGUACUGCACAGACGACGCCGACCCGAAGACCAAGCGGUCAAUGGGGAGGCGACACGCCACCUGGUCCGAGUCGAGUAGGUAGGCGUUUGGCGGCCCCUCGUCAAUGCUGGUGCCCCAUCGGCAUCGCACGUGGAAGGUCGACACGAAAUGGCGCCCCUUGACGACCACAAUCGGCACCCGGUGGUCCUGGGUCGGCCACGCAACGAUAGGCGGCAACAAAGCCCAUGCUUGCGGCAGGUGGGCUGCUGCACGGACGUGUGUGGCGACGAAGCCGCCAUCCUGCUGCUCGUUGAAGGUGCCGGACUGCCUCAGCCGCACACUCAAGCGCACCAUCGGCACAGAUGGGUCCAAGGCAGUCGACUCCUUCAACGCGAGGAGGGCUGCGGCUGACGCUGUCACCGUGUCUGCCGGCGUCCAUGUGGGCGUCAGCUCGACUGUGACGUGUCCGAAUGCGGCGGUGUCUUCAAAUCCCACGAUAAGGGAGAGAGGCAGGGUGGCCAUGUCUCCAGACUGGGGCGAUGCAAAGGUGAUGACGAUGUCUGGGAUGCUGGCCGGGCUGUCCGAAACUGAGGGAAGAGUCAGCACGGCGGGCGUUGUGCUUUGGAUGACAGCGGGCGCUAGAAUGCUGACGAGAGGCAGCUCGGUGUCCGCAAUGGCCCCGUCGAUGCGCAGAGUCACGUUGGCCGACCAGCCUGUCGUCAUAUCGCCAGUCCAGCACUGCAGCGUCUCAGUAUCCAUCACGAGCACCCCCAUGCUGCCGUUAGUCGACAUUCCAGGCGGGCUCCCAGUCGGGGGCAUCAGCAGACACGUCGUGUCGGCACUGCCCUGGAUCGCCACAUCCACGCCAGUGCUCUUCAGCGUCAAGGGGAAGCCACGGGUGACGGGGAAGCUCAUCGGAAUCGCAGAAGUGACCGCCACGGUCCUGAGCAUUUCGAUGUCGUACAAGUAGGUGGGCACCUGCAGGCUGUUGGGCGCCAGGCCGAGGAGCCACGUGCCAGGCGGGACGCCGGAGGGCAUCAUGCAGGCGACGAGACCCGUACACGCGUCCGCCUCCACAGCUCUGAUCCAGUAUUCUGUCCCGCCGAUAGAAUGCCGCAGGUAGCACAACACAGUUGACGAAUGGAAUCCCGCGCCAUCAAAUUGCAGCCGCUGUCCUGGCAGGACGUGGUCAAAUAGGGGAUGGCCCGCCGAUGCAGCCCCGGCCAAGAUGACGGCCUCCGGCUGCAGACGAAGCUGAAAGUGCGUCGGGCUGGCUGCGUCGGUGGCCAUCGAGAGCGACAGAGUGGCCCAAAAUGACGAGCCUCGGGGGACCGUGGGCAGGGGUGAUGGACACGUCAUCGCGUUGGGUGAGGAGACUGAUGCAGGCGUCUGCAUCUCAAUCAGCGGGAUGUCGAGAGGGUCCUCUGUCGGGUCUUGAGCGAUCGUCCAGUGGCACUCGGGCGACGCCGCUGCCGUGUCAAAGAAGUGCCCCGACAGCUGCAGCGUCACGACCUGCUCCAAGCUUGCUACGAUGGGCUCCACCGCUGUGAGGAUGGGCGAGCGCACUGUCUCAAGCCGUCCCGGACUCUUGACCACAAGAUUGGACUCAGACCGAAGCUCCACGUUGAAGAUGUGCGCCUCGGUGACGGCGGCCGGAAACACGCACGCCACCCGGUCUUGACUGAGGCGGAGGCCGGUCGACCGCACCACUUGUGCCGACGAUGAGGUGGCUGGUGAGGGCAGGAAGAGACACCUGACAUCUCUGUCGCGAGGAAACGCCGCCGUCUGUAUUUGAAGGGUCUGUUGCAUCAGUGGCGAAGUCUUAUCCGACAGCAAGGCCACCAGGCUAGGCCUCACAUUCACCUCCAGGCGGACAUCGCUGUCAGCCCCCACCCACCCCUCCAGCACGUUCGACACCUCGACGACGUGGCUGCCGGGGGCCGUCAGUCCGUCCGGCUCACAGAGCAUAGCCGUGCCUGUGAUGUGGACCACAGUGCCUUCCAUACCCCCGAUGCGGCAGCGCACCAUGUGUGAGGGUCGGAAGAGCCCCUCGACGCUGAUGGGUGGCGAUGCGGCGGACGUCGAGCCAGACGCGUACGUGUGGAGAGGGAAGCCGACUGCCAUGACAGUUGCCGGGGCGACGAAAGUGAAUGGGAUAGAUGUGAGGGAACCAUGGAAUUGGUCGAGCAGAACCUGUAGCUGACAGGUCACAUGCCUUCCCUCGCCCAUGGCUGAGGUGGGAAGAGGCGGUGAGGUGCAGGACACGCUGCUCGGAGCACCAACACUCAGGGUUGCCGAUGUGUCCGCCAGCGUGUAGGGGAAGCUCCUCUUGAACCCCUGGAGGGCGUCAGUGACACUUCCGACAACGCACUCAGUGAAGCGGCACACAGGCUGCAGCGCCGCCACGAUGGCCGCAGAGACGCCGGCAAGACCCUCCACGGAAAUGGUCAAGAGCGUGGGACUGUCCAUCGGCACAGGCGAGGGCUCGAUUGUCACGAGAGCGAACCUCGGCAGCACCACCAGCUGCACACCUCCACUUGCAUCUGUCAGAGCGCUCGCCCAGCUGUUUGCAGGUCUCCCAUUGAUGGCCCACCUUGCUGUCGCCAAUGCCCCUCGCCGCACCUCGAUCGGCUGUGACGGACUGCAGAAGAGCUGCAAUGUGCGACUUCCAGCCGAGCUCAGGUCGAUACUCAUGACGGCGGGGAAGCGCUGCAGCAUGUCCGCGACAUCACACCAGGUGGGGUGGCUGCCGGUGGCGAGGGCUUCACUCGCAGCAUCCAGGCGAGACGUGGUUGUCGUGAGAGCCAGAGAGGUCGGCAAGAACGGGUUGGUCGCCGACGGGCUGCCGUCAGCCGAGACCAACGAGACUCGAGAGGGGAAGAAGAGAGGUAUGUCCCCAGUCGUCGACAAGCCGGCGAAAGUGACCGACAGGAAGGCGAUGGAGUGCUCUACGGGCAGGUGUGAAGGGAAACGGCACAGCAGCUCCGUGUCGGAAAUGACAAAGCUCUCCAGCUCAAGUAACCCUGUGGCCUCAUCCAUCCACCUCAGUCGGCACACGAGGGCGGCGCGGCCCGCCAAUGCUGUGAGACGGGUUUGUGGCGAGAAGGUCACCGUGAUGAUCGCUGGCUGAUCGAUCGGUGACGGGACGAUCACAGGCUCCACUGAGAGGGGCGUGGGUAGAUCCGCCGCAAGCAGGAAAUAUGGUGCCGUGAGGAUGCUCCUGGUGUGGCCGAGGGCCUCCUCAUAUCCAGCUGGGCUUUUCGCCUGCAGCACCAAGGCCACCUCCGCAACGCUGAAGAACUCAUCAACUUGAGCCAGCAGAGCAGUCUCUUGCGCCAGAGUGCAUUCAACGCGUUGCGAUGACUGAAGGCGUGUCUCGAGGACCAGCUGGUCGCCGGCAGGAAGCAACACGGGGUCGUUGAUUACCGCAGAUGUGUCGCUGUCGGCCGACGACACCAUCCUCACCAGAGCACACUCGACAGGCAGCUGUGCGUCUGUUGCGAAGUCCCUCCCUUUCACCACGGCAUCUAAGCCUGACCCACGGAUCCACACAUCCGGCGUGACCGUCUCCAGUGUGGGCGAAGGCAGCACGUCGAUCGCUGUGACAUCCACGAGAGGGUUGUCGUCCACUCUGAGGAACAGCUUGACUGUCUGGCCUGCCGUCGCGUAGCCGGGACACAGGCAGCUCACGACGGUCGGGCUCUGGUGCACGGCGGGCACUGUGUGGGCAUCGAGAGGGUCGGGGGACUCCGUGACGAACAGACACGAGAGGUGGUGGCGAUGCAACGUGACGCUGUUUCCAUCUGCCGAUACGAUCUGGAUCAGCUGGAAGGGGCCUCCGAGAGUGAAGCACACCGGCGAAGAGAGCAGGGUGGCCGUUAGUUGAGGUGCCACUGCAUACGCCAGAGCAUUGGCUGACAGCUGCCCUGCUGCAUUCUGCACAUGGACGGACACGGCGGAGAAGAGGUGGCCGAUGGCUGGGAUGGUGGGAGCAUAGCACGCCACACUCGAUCCAGACACCGACAAAGGCGCCACCACCUGCACGCCGUCAAAGACGCACGCCAGGUCUGCCGAGGACCGGAAGCCCGUCCCGCUGACACGAAUAAGAGGCCCUCCUGUCUCUCUGCCUCCCGCCGGCAACACAGACGCCAAGACGGGCGGCGAAUGGACGGUCAAUUGGUAGUGUUGAGAGACGGCGGGGCUUUCAGUGUCGACCAGCUGCACGAGACAGGCCGAUCCGUCCAGCUGCGGCUGUGAGAUAGACGGGGCGUCGCACCGCAAGUGCUCCGAGUCGACGUAGGUGAUGUCACUCGUCACGUGUCUGUAGUCGUCGAGAUUGCCGUCAGGUCCCGGGACAGAGAAUCGGCACUUGAGCGUGUCGGUGAAAUAGUGACCCCACACAUCCAGCUGCUGUACGCGUGUCGCUGCGGCACCCUGCUGAAGCGGCAGCUCAGGGGGGCUCACCACCAAUAUGACGGGCGACUCGACAAACGUGAGGCUCAAGCCCGUCGUGUGGAAGGCAGCUCCCAGCCCGAACGCCACGCUGAUGGCGAGGACGCCAGGUCCGGACACCUCAGGCGAGAAGAACCGCACGGCAGUUGAGUUGACGCACAGGGCAGAGGCGGACACGGUGGUGAGGUCGACGUGUAUGUCGCUCGAGCAGGGAAUGUUGACCCCGUGGAGUGUGACGAGACUUGCCGAGGCAACCGGCACCGUCAUGGGGGCGAGUCGGGUGAAGCGGACAGCCUCGUAGCGGUAGAGCGCCACCAUUCGUUGGGAUGCAUCCGUCACCCACUGAUCUCCAUUUGGCGACACGUCGACUGCACAUUCGGGCUCCAGCUGCUGAUCCAGCAGAUUAUUCGCCGCCAGCGGUGUGUCCUGCUCCCACCAGCACAUGGCCACCUGCACGCCAGCGGCGUCACUCGCUGCCGUCCCCCGCCAUAUGCCUUGAAGAACCAGGUCAUCGGCCAGGCUCCCACUCCUGUCACAUCUCAACCGACACAGCGGAGCCGCAGCGGUCCAUGAGCCCGCUCCUGCCAGCGUCAUGAGGACGCCGAUGCCCUCUCUUGGCACCACAGAUGUCCACCCCGUAGCCAGAUCAGCAGGCACGACGGGCAAGAACUUCGGCGACACGCUGAGGACCUCAAUCUGAGACGGCACGAACGUCAAACGGUGGUCUGCGCCGAAGGCCAGCCACUGCUCGGUCACCCCAGCGCGCAGCUGCACCGUCAGCUCGUCGCCAGCAACCACCUGGUCGGCGGUGUCUCCCGGGGUGUUUGGGGCGCGGGCAUGCACUUCCAGCGAUGCAGGAAGGGGACACGCCAACUCGCUGCCGUUGGCAUGGAGGUGCUGGCAGGGCAUGUCCCUCGUGAAGCCCUCAAGAAAGCCCUUGUCAAUGACCUCAACGCUCCGAGACAACCGGACAGCGUAGCUGGUGGAUGGGUCGAAGCCGCCAAUGAGACGGAUGGACGCGGACUGUCCUGCGACGACGAGGGACGGCCUGAUGGCAUGGACAGACGGCGGGCGAUGAUACUCAAGGAACACCGACGGUGUGUUCGGCAGCCAUGAUGCCCCGCCGUCCGGUGAGAGUGUUAUCGGGACCUGGAAGGACCAGAUGGCGGGUGGGCGGGGAGGGGGCAGGGGGGCCGUGGCCGACAUGGUAGUGCUGUUCAGCACUACUGUGUUCUGCAGCAGCUCGGUACCAGCCUAGAGCACACACCACACACCACACCCACAUGCACAUGUCAUAAAUUAAGAGUGAGCUCUGGUUGCUUAUGGCAUACCCGGAUGCGCAGGUCGUGUAUUCGAGAGAAGUCGACACCUUUGAUGAUCAGUCUCGUCGCUUGCCCCGGCAGCACAGCUGCAGGCUCAACCGAAGUGAUGACGGGCACCACUACAAGUGGCAGGGUAGCGGAAGGACGUGCAGGGGACUGCAAACAGUUGGUCGACACCCGGACGUCGACUGCGGCUGAGGCGUCCUCAAUGGGGGGCACCACGCAUGAGGCCAUGAACGGGGAAACCCACCGAAGGCGGGAUGUCGAGAGAUUCACCGGCCCCGCUGUCCGGUGCUGCUGGAUCUGGCAGCACGCCUCCUCGUGGUUGACAAAUCGUGUUCCAGUCAGCGUUAGCGUCACGCUCAUGCUCUGAGGGAUCGCUCUUGGCUCCACUCCAGUGACGACAGGGACGGUCGUGAGAGCAAACACACUCGAAGGAGAGCUGAGGGUGAGGACAGUGUCGCCUCUCGUCACGACGAGGUCCACAGUCAGCUGCACAGCCGGAUAGCUAUCAGAUGUGAUGCUGGCCUCCAGUUGGGAUCGCAGCGACCAUAGUUUUGUCACCGCAUCGGCACACUCAAAUGCAUCACCGUCCGCAUCCAGCGAGACAUCGGUGAAGGCGACGUCGGCGACCGGCCCGUCAUGCACCCCAUCCGCCACGCCUGUUCGAGAUCGGCACCGCACCUCUCUCAGCCCGCCAUUUGCCGCGGCGAACCGCCACGCCUCAGCCAGCUUGCCAUCACCGACCUCUCCCGGGACCACCACCGGAUCAUUCUGGACGCAUAGACGAAUGUCGGUCGACGGACAGCUGUCGGGGCAGUACUCGUCAUCCAACACAACCAAUCGGGGCGACACCGCAGUCAGCAUCACAAACGGCAAAGUGAGCAGGUCCAUCGACACGAGAGCGGGCCCUCGGGAGAGGUAAGGGCUGUAAACACGGAGCUGCGGCAGUCCCUUCGACGGGAAUGAGGGCGGCAUCGGGGGGCUCACGCACAGCAGAGACGACGUGUUGACGACCAGGCCCUCCACUGCCCUCUCCACAUACUCGCAGGUCCCCGAUGGGCUGUCGAGCGACGGAAACAGGGCCGUCCAACUGGGCGGGAAGCAGCCAAGACUGGGCAACGUGUACACACACCCAUAGCUGGCUCCAGGGUUCAGACCCGACGCGCCAAUGAAGACGGGACAUGGGAAGUUCUCGGCGCACAGAGGCCGUGGGGCUGAGGCAGCUGGGAUGAUGGCUGGUGGUUCGAGCACUUGGACAUCAUGAUAUGUGUCGAUCCAUUGUCCGCUGAGUUGAAGGUAGAGGGAUGAAGGGCCGACCGGCAGUGCUGCCGCACUUGACCACAGGCAUCCUAUCGCCGAAGAGCCAGGCGCGACGGAGUUUGAGUGCACCACAGCGGGCAUGGCGGUGGCGGGGAGGGGGAUGACCUCUCCGACAGGACCACUCGUUCCCACCCUGCACCCGCCCAGGUUGCUGCCGAGCUCCAUGGCACCGAUCGUCUGCCAGUUCUGCAGGUACACCACCACUCGCACCGACCCAGUCGUCCGGUGCACGACCGAAGGCACCACGCUCUCGAUCAGAGGCACCUCAUAGACUCGCACAGUUGCACCAGCGGGCAGUGGGCUGUGGACGAAGGCUGCCGUUACCUCCUCUGCGGGCGUGCUGGGGUCAUACUCGUCACCACAGGUGAGGAAGAGCUCCAUCGGGCCUGACACAAGGCCGCUGGUGACUGGGCAAGACACCACAUCAGUCCCUGACGUCAGUGCUGAUGCCGUUGACAGGGAUGCAGUGUCAUCUGGCAUGGGUGACGCAGCCGUCGUGCCGAGGCCCCCGAAGUGACAUCGGCAGGUCAGUCGGUGGACGGGGAAGAGGCCGUCCUUCACCGCCAGCUGCAUGUCCGGUCCCGGUGCCGACAGGCCGGCGAAGAGCACAUAGGGGGACACAGACGCCAGCCGUCCAGGUCGGUAGAGAUCCACGGACCCCACCACAUCUGCGUCGCUGUGCACGGUCCGGCCUCUGUUGGUGCUGCAUGGCGUGCUUCCAGAGCAGAGCACAAAGGUGAGUCUGGCCCCGUCGAGUAGCCUCUCCGCAUCAAUUUGCUGGAUCUGUGGAGGGAUGGCAGUGCACCGAACGGCAGUCUCAUUGACCCACAUCGCCCGAGUGGGCAGGGAUGGCGGGAGCGAGUCGGCGAUCACCUCGGCGGUCUUGGAGAGGGACGUGCUGUCGAGCAGCCACCAGCAUUGGUGCUGGAAUCGAGGGGAGAAGCGACCGCCGCGCACCCACACGUGCGAUGACGAGUACAUCGGGAUCACUGCGGGCUUGAUCGAGAAGGGCCCGGUGGACGCUUCUUCGACGUUGAAUGUGAAGGUCCCGAGUGCGAUGCCGAAUCGCCUGACCCAUUCGUCACAGCUGUCGCCCCCUGCCUCUGUCGGUGGACACGCAAGCGGCAUCACCAUCAAGCUGACGUCCAAGUCGCCUUCAUCAGGCGGCACCGUGCCGCCAGGCCACACGCAUCCCAGCACCGUCUCAAAGUCAGCCACACAAGGCAGCCACUCGGGCGCGGAGGCGCCUGACGGAGCGUACGUCGGCCGCUGCACUGCUCCGGUCGUCGUGUGCUGGAAUCGACUCCACACAGUCACAUUGCUCGUGAAACAACACCCGCGGAAAUGAAAGUCCAAUCGUUUGGCCGCCCCAUUAGUUGUCUGCAGCUGCACCAGCGACUGAAGGGGGGCGUCAAUGAAGAUCGGAUCAAUCGCCUGGAGUAUGGCUCGUGUGGGGAUCCAUGGGACAAGCGCCGCUGCGUCAGGCUGGACCGACAGCGCCAGCUGGAAGGUCCCCCGCCGUGCUGCAGAGAUGUCGCACCGGCCGUGGGUCGAGUUGAGUCGAUUAGCGAGGGUGAUUGAGCCAGGCACCGGGGGCUCGCCUCCAUUGGGAUCGACAGUGUCGCUGAGUAUCCACCCGCAGUGCAGGGGAUCUCCCCUCAGCCAGGGAGUCGACUGUGCGAAGGUGUCGGCAAGAUGGAAGACGACCUCAGCGCUGCUGCCGUCGGCGAGGAUGACCGGCGGCAGCCACUCCUCCACCUGCGGGUCGUCGUACAGCCACAGGCUGAGUCCCGUGCUGAUGGUCUCGUAGCCGUCUUCGUGGAAGGUGAGCGAGAGAGGGAUGGCCUGGAGUAAAAGACAGACACAUCGUCCAAUCAACUUCCACUCUUCUCUCUCUCUUUCUAUUUUACCUACCUGGUUGGUGGGCAUCGGCCCCGCCGCAGUCGUGUAAAUGACGUCGGACUCUUUCAGGUUGCACACCACCUCCUCAGCCGAUAUCAUUGUGGCGCCCACCUUCACCGUCAUGCCACCCGCAUCCAGCAGACACGCCGCGUACACCACACCCACAGGCAUGCCUUCACCUGCCACAAUGGCUGAAUAGCCACCACGCCGUGAGCCGCUGGCAGGGCUGAUGGACGUGACGGAGGGCUGCUGGCGCACCCAAAGCGGCAGCAGACCAGACGACGAGAGGUUCGGGAGCGGCCCAUGGAUGAGCUCGAUCGGUGCCGUCGGCUGUGAGGUGGAGGGGAGAGCGAGGUCCGUCGCAAAGUCGCCUGCAGCAGCAGGUGAGGCCAGGCCGAGGUAGAGACGUGCCGGCGUGCCGCUCUCGAUGCUGCCCAGAGGAAGGACCGACCGCGGUGGAAAGGGGCAGAGGACCGCCACUUGGCUUAACACCAACGAUCUCGCACGGUAGGCCACACCAGAUGCCACCGAUGGGGUGUCGAACCACACGCACACGGGGUCUGACUCAGCCCCGAUGGGGAGAUUGGCGGCAUCGACAAACACCGGUGCAACGCUGCCGUCAUCCUCUUGUGCGGAAGUGGGUAGGAAGCGCCAUGAAGGCAGCAGCCUCAGUAGAAGAGUCCCGUCUGCUUUCUCGCGGUAGGCGACCUCAACACCAUCAGACGUCAGCCGUCGCCGCACCGGACGAGGGGACUCGGUGACGAGGUCUUCCACAAACAGCACGUCCCCCCACAAGCCCCGAGAGAUGCGCUUCUUGGACAGCGGCGGCAGCGCACAGGUGAAGUUCAGCAGGUGUGAAGGCCCCACAGGCGACACCUGAGCCGGAUACACGUCAAUCUUGGCGCCAAUAAGGCGGCAGAUGGGCGACAAUGGCUGCUCGCGAAUGUUUGCAACGGACACCUCGACUGUGAACCCGCUGUGGCUCCCUGCUGCUGGCAUGAGAGACGUCACUUGCGGGGCAUCGCCGUAUAUGAACGCCGUUGCUUCCACGGACUCAAUGAGGUUCGCGAACACCCUCAGGGGGGUCGAGAAGGGCGUGGCUGUCGCUGUAUCAAGAGCAGGGCAGGUGCAGUGGAUCUCUGAAGUCGCCACGUACUCCCCAGCCACAAAAUGCGUCCCAAACUGGCAGCCGAGGUGGGGCGCGUAGGUGAAUCCGCUUCCCGUGAUGCGCACCUCCCAACCACCAGCAGAGCUGCACCAGUUGGGCUCCACUGCCUGGACGACGGGGCGGCUGACGAGCGUCAUGGAUGCCUUAUUCGAUGACAGCCACUGCCGUCCAUUGUGAGACACCUGGGGCUGAAAGGAGUCGCCAACUGCUCCGAGAGUCGUUCCCGACGCCGGGUAGCAAAGAACUGCCGUCCACGAGACCCACAGCGCCACACCCGGCACAUCGGCACCAAAGCGGCAUUGGAGUGUCGUCAGGUUGAGGAAGGGGCCGCCGUGGAUGGUGACGGGUAGGUUGGUGUCGUAGAUAAGAUGAGAAGGCGACACACCUGUUACACGCGCGUUGAGAGGCGGCAAUGUGACCAUAAGCGGGGGGUUUGUGAAGACCUCUCCUCUGCCGUCCAGGCUCAUAUCGACCGUGACAGUGGCCGCCACCCCCUCGAACACGCGCCAUCCGUUGUCGCUGAGAAGGGGCAACGCCAACAGAGAGCUGUCCGCCGCCACCACAAACGAACACAGGACCUCACCCUGGGAGACGACGGUGAUGUUGCUGCUAGUCAGCCUCGGCAAGGCAUCGGCAAGAUAGCCGUCAGGGAGUGACGACAAGAAAACGUCUCCUGGGCGCCAGCUGUCGCUCAUUGGACUCAGGCGACACGUGAACCCCUGGCUGCCGCUCACGGGGGUCGAUGCAUUGCCGGGCUCCACAGCCACAAGCACGGCCAGAAGGAGAGUGUCGUCGGGCAGGAUCUCGUACUGAUGGACACUCAGACCGGUCGCUCGCGGAACAUCGACAAUGGUGACAUCGAAUGGGGUGGGGUGAGACUGCUGGCCGUCGAUGGACAGGCUUAGAGGAAGAGCCGUGGCAGCGGUGGCGGUGGGCGGGGUGCUGCACAUGAGGGUGGUCGUGUUGACGAACAGGGCGGGAAGCCGCCACUUGCCAUCGAACGCGCAAGCCGUGUACGGGGAGGGUGCGAAUGACAGACCCGUGAGCAUGACGGUCGUCUCAGAUGCCGCCUGCACGAGCAACAAGCAAGCAAAGAAGCAAACAAUUUGCAAUGAAUCGACGACGCCAUUCUUUCGUUUGUUCACCGCAAUGUUGCGAGGGCGAACUUCAGUCACAACCGGGACGUCGACAUAGUGGAACCUCAGUCUCACAUCCUCGCGCCAUGUCCACCCUCCGUCUUCAGACAGCCACACGAAAGCCUCUGUAACGUCGCUGCCCAGCGCAGCCGCAGCAGGUGCGUCGCAUCGCCACAUUGUGUCAUUCAGACGAACGAUCGCCGUCACGUACACAUCUGCCUCGGGACCCUCUCUCUCUGCAAGAGGCGGCACGGUGCGGUCGGUUGCAGUGAAAGCACAUCGGAGAGCAUCCCCAAGCGAAGCGAGGCCUCUCCCCUCCCACAUCAGAAUUCGUGUGCCGCCUGUCUUCGGUCCAUAAUGUGGCGAAUAGGCCACUUCACCGGUCGGCCGUGAGAUCCCGAGGGCACCGGCGUGGUAGCCAGCUGAGGGCCACACAACGGGAACGGCCCUCCACACAUCAGUCGUCAUAAAGGUGGCAUUGCUGACGGUCUCGUCGAAUGCGUGGGUGGGAUCGUCGCAGGUGACUCCAGCAUGGAAUCGGUGCCCUCCCUCCCCGCCACUGGCGAUGGGCACUCCAGUGGUCAUGUCGCCGAAUGAGCAUGUGAUGGACGUCAGCCCGCCUGCCGGUGUCCUCUCUUCCGACGAAGUGCCCAUUGUCACAAUUCCACCCACAUUCGUGACGUCUCCACGCUGCAUCAGCGACUGCGCAUUCGGGACGUCGGCACUGACCAGCACGCACAGAGGAGACACACAGGUCAGUUCAUCGCUCGCUGGUGGGUCCAGGACGAAGGUGGUGCUGUAUGACGACCGGUAAGACGCCGCACUGGGCCCAUCAGCCCUCAUAAGACGCCCCCCUGCCGGCAGAGCUGGAACAACCGUCGCUGGCUCAAGUAGUACAUCGAGCUUCAGUGCAUUGCUGGCGGGAUGGGGCGGGUCGUCGGAAUAGACUUCCACAUCCCACUGGGACGGCCGGGUGGUCGACAGCACGACGGACGGCAGCUCACACACGAGAGUGUGGUAGUGCACCGACAGGGCUAGAACAGAGGCGCUGGUGGCCGCCGUAGUGGUGAGAGUGAACUUGCAGCGCCAUGGUACCGACAGAGGAAACGCCGCACCAGAGACCUCUAUGCGCGCCGGGACCGAAGUUGCGGCAGCUGCACGGAUGGUUCGGGGCUUCAAGGCCACGAUGUAAGCCGCCAUCCCCCCUCCCGUCCCCCCAAGUCCGCCCAGCCACCGCACCGAAUGUUCAAACGUGUCAGAAACGACAGUUGUCGUCGCAGUUUGAGGCCCCACUCCUCUGAGCACCGUCCCUGGCUGGCCGGCCGACCAUGCGAGCAGGACUGGCAGACGCGCGGAAGAUUUGAGAGCGGCCGACGCUUGGCCCGUCCGCCAUGCGAUGGGGAUGGGGCAGCGGACGGUCGUGUCGCUCUCGACGGUUGCGUGCUGCCACUCCGGUGCUGGGUCGGUCCACGCGAAGCCGAUGAUGCACCACGCGGCUGCCCCAAUGGUGGUGGGGAAGUUCUGGCCGGUGAUGGCGAUGUGACUCGUUCCUUCACCGAUAGCAGGAGGCGACACACCGUCAGCGAGAGGCCGCGGCAGCACCGUCUGCUGGGGACCCACAGGCGCCGUCACGUCAGUAGUGGCCACGUGGGUCGCGAUGACGAGUGACGCAGGCGAGAGGACCACCCGCAGAUCACCGGUGUGUGUCCAUGCGGGCGGCAGCCGCUGCAGGCACCGAUAAGUGCCAUCGCCCUGCAGCCAUGCCAGCGAUGGGGCCGGCUGGGAUGAUGGGAUGGCCGUCGGAUCAUCGUGUGCGGGCGAUGACUGAUUGUUUGCGAGCAGCCAGCAGAUGGAGGGGUUGGUGAGGCCCGUCGCCGUGACCGGGAUGGGGAUGUUGGUGGCCUCCAGCAGCGGUAUGGCCAGGGGGGCUGACGUCACUUGCCGCGUGGCAGAGGCCACAGACACAUCCAGAGAACUGUCGGGGUGGGUCAGACCGCCAUCGAAGGACACCGUCACCUCCCAAUAAGAUGAAUCUGAAUCGUAUAAUUAAUGCACACACAUAAGCACAUUCACAUGCUCUACACGAGGACCCCUAUGAGACGUGUGCCCACCUGUGAGCGUGUCGGUCCAUGUUGGCACUGUGCACGCGAUCCUUGUCGCACCCUGCCUCCGGGCUACCACGUUGUGUGUCGAUGCCGCGCCAGGCAUCGACCGAAACCGACACAUGACCGUCGUGUACGAGUCGUCAUGGGCGUCUCCCCCCUUGCCCAUCGACGGCAGAGAAGUCACCAUCACAUCUGGCGAAACGAAGAACGACAAAGACCAGAAUCGUACCCACGUGGAUCACUGUGCAUGCCGUCUGUAUACACCUUACCGAUUGUGUCUCCGCCGGCUGCAGCCACGGUCAGAGGCGUCACAGCGAUGUUGCGGGCUGAGGGAAGCCCUUGACGGUGAGGCGAAGACAAUGACGCCACAGAGGGGACCCUAAACAGGACACCGCACACACACGGAUGCAUGCGUGUGACAAUCUACACGUGGUGUCACGUCGUACCAGACGUCGGGUUUGAGCAUUGCGACCAGUACACACACGGGGGAGCGAGGCGGACACUGACCCCCGGCGACCAAAACCUGACACAAACACACAGUCGACGCAGCGAAUCCAUGUACUCCCGGUGCCGUGCUCUAUCUAUGUCGACACCUCUGCAUCUCCCGUGCGCGGGUCGACAAUGGCCAUGGCGGGCGAUUCCACAUACAUCUGCGAUGCGGUCCCUGUCAGGGGCUCAAAACAUGACGAAGCCGGCGGGGGGCACGACAGCCUCGUGGCGUUGACCACACUGCCCACGGUCCAGCACUCCUCUCGAUGGCUCCACCGGCACUGGAGUGUAGCGGCACGUGGCGGAGUAUCGGCUGCAGAAACCAGACCACGAAUCUGCAUUUGAUGCCCUUUUGCCUGGUGGUUGUCUCGUCAGCUACCCACCUUGGUAUAUGGCCAUGAUGUCGCCGAUCUUGUCGAAUCCCUCCCCCACCAGUGCGAUGGGAUAGCUAUGUACAGGCACCCACCCACCCCCACUGCCGCCCUCCUCCAUUAUCAACACCGAGGGCCGCAGCUCCGACACUGUCAGGUCGCCUCCCAAUAUCAACACACGCGACCUCUCCGGGCUGCCCCAGGCACUGCUCCAGUGCUGCCCGCCGUCCAGAGACACCGAUACCUCAUGCAGACCGCCGUACGAAGAGCUCGAUAGCGUGACACUCGUGUCGCCUUCAACUUCGCACAGGACCUCCACAGUUGCAGCUGUCAGACCCUGUGAGCGAUCAAGUGUCGACAGGCCGCCGGCAACAACUAGUUCUGUCCCCACCCGACACUUGACAUUCCUUGCUGCCCGAGCCAGUGACAUGGCCGGCCCCUCAGCGCCGACCCAAGGGAAUAGCUCGCCCACUGUCUCCUUCACCUUCACUCGCAGAACGGCCGCCCCGCCCCUCUGUGUCCGCCGAGCCAGAUGCGCAAAGGAGGGCGGCAUAAUGAGCCACCGUGGGUCAACGUGAGUCGUCCUGGGCGGAGAGUCGACCACCGGCAGCUUCCUUGGCGCCAUGACAAAGGGCCCUGCCUCAGCGAGAGCCACACCCACAUCAUGCUGCCCAACCGGGAGAGUGGUGGGUGUGCGGCAUAGCACUGCAGAGUCGUUGGCGUAGGUGGGCGUGACGGCGCCAUGGCCCUCGAACCAGCAAAAGGAUGAAGCAGGGAUGGGAAACGCGCCCGUGACGGUCAGCAGUGAGGAUGUGGACACGUAGAGGAGCGAUGGGCGGAAGGAGUGGACCACCACGGGUGUGUGAGCUAGCAGCGGAAGGAAGGAUGUGCGAUGGGUGGCGAUGAGGUUGCUGGCGGGACCCGUCGAGAAGGCCGCCAGGGACACGUACACCGUGCAGAAGGAUGGAUGGGAACCAGACAAACAACGGGGCAGCUGAACAGAUACACACGGACGGAGGGAUGAGGCUGCUAAACGGAUGUUUCCUCCCCCCUCAUAUCCCGCGUACCGGCGGCACGAGGCACCGAAAGACGACACUCGUCACUGCGGUUGCGGUCGCGCUGCGAUAGCUGCCCACACGAUUUCCCUCGAACUCGCAGCUGACAUCCAGACCAAGCAGCGGGAGGCCAUUAUCCACCUUCAUAUGCACCGUAGCUCCGCCCACCCACGGCACCACCCUCGGCGACACUGCCACCAGGCGAGGCAGAGAGGCCAGUCCAGCCGUCCCCUGGUCGGUCUGCGCCACAUCCACAGUGACAGACUGACCCACCGCGGCCAACAGACGAUCAGCAUCGACACCGCUGUCAUCAGUCGCCGCGUACUCGAUGAGGAUGACAUCAUAGCCCUCAUAUGUGUGGCAUCUCGUGUAAGUGAGUGUGGCGAGGGCGGCCGACGCACUCGUGAAUGGGCCGAAGACCGUCGUCGUGCCGUUGAGUGCCGUGUCGAUAGAGAGGCCAGCCACUGGAGUGACAGUCACAUCGCCGUGGAAGGCCCGAACACGGGCGGCCAGAUGAGUGGUCCCGCUGCCCUCUAUGCCCACAUUCGUCACCUCUGUGACGCGACAAGAGGACGAAAGCGCCCCGGGGAUGCUCAGACACGUCCAGAGAGUGGCACAUGCAACCACCAGGAUGAAAGAUACAUGGCGCCUGCUGCUUGUCGUACAUGAUGAAUCGGAUCCACCA